CCGGGCCGCUCCCGCCAUGCGGCGCUGGGUGCUCCUCAGCCUGCUGCUGCUGCUGCUGCUGCUGCUGCAGGAAGCGCUGCCACACGUUAUUGGACAGCCUGUGAAGAGUAAGCGUCCCAAAGAACCUGGAGAAAACAAAAUUAAGCCUGUUAACAAGAAAGCAAAACCCAAGAAUCCCAAAAUGAAGGAGAGAGAAUCUGUGGAUUCCUCUUUGAAGUCCCAGUCCAUACUGACACAGGUGAUGGAUAAAGGUCAUUUCCAGAAACUAGCUGCCACCUUAAGCCUGGCUGCAGGACAAAGUGUAGAGCUGCGAUGUAAGGGGAGUAAUGUUACUUGGAACUAUCCUUCUUAUUUAGACACCUUUAAAGAUUCCAGACUCAGCAUAAAGCAACUUGACAGAUAUAGUCAGCUGAUCCUUGCAAACUCCACUGCAGCAGACACAGGUGAAUACAGCUGCUGGCUUCAGCUGUGCAGUGGUAACAAAUGCAGGAAGGAUGAGACAAAAACAGGGUCAACAUACAUCUUUUUUGCAGACAAAGAGGAGCUUUUUGUACCUACUCCCAGUUAUUUUGAGAUUGUCUACCUGAACCCAGAUAAACCUGCAGUCAUCCCAUGCCGUGUUACUACUCCUUCAGCAAAAGUGACUCUUCACAGGGAAUUUCCAGCAGGAGAAAUUGAAACAGAUGGAACUGAUAUUAUUUAUGAUGCAAAGAAGGGUUUUGUCUUCCAGCACCCUACUUUUGAUCAUAAAGGUAUUGUCUACUGCAAAGCAGAGUCCCAGGGAGCACCUCAGAUUUCCAUCAAAUAUCACCUACUAUAUGUGGAAGUUCCCAAGGGCCCACCCUCAACCACAGUGGCAGUGUCACCCAGUAGAGUGGGCCUCAGUGACAGAGUUCGUGUCGUCUGCACCGUCCUCGGGGAGCCAGAUGUGGAUGUGAAGUUCAGGUGGCAGUAUCCAGGGCAAGAGUCCGAGAGGCCUGUGAUUAUUCAAAAUUUCUGGAGAUUGAUAAACAGAGGAAUUGGCCAUACUACAAGAAUCUCAAAGAGUGUUCUUCUUGUGGAGGAUUUUGAAGACACAGAUGUGGGAAACUAUGUUUGUAUAGCUCAGAACUUACAAGGAGAAACAACAGUAGCUACCAAAGUUGAACUGAAGUGA